AUGGUCGUGCUUAUCUUACUCCUUCUACCCUUUGCUUCAGCAGAGCACUCCGGCGCCUAUUCCUCGCCGCAGUAUGCGAAGAAGAUGUACCCGAAAAUCUACGACACCAGCGCUUUACUACCAAAAGAAGAAGCUCCUGUACUAUUCAAGAGUCCAAAUAUUGACAGAUUUGACAAUAGCUUAAAUGACACAUCCUCUUUUGGACGGGCGUCGUUCCUGGAUUCGGCGGGGAGCUUCCUAAGCGGCGCCGGGGGGCAGGUCAUGUCUACUCUGGCGAAGGAUUUCAUCGCGAGGUCCACAGGCAGCAGUCAGGUUGGUUUCGACUGCAUUACGCAGGUGCUCAGCCUAAAUCUAACCAACCUAGUGAUUCUGAUAGUCCUAAAGGCUUUAGUUCUGGCCGCUGGUUUCUUCGGAGCUGGUGCGUGGAAGGGUCACCAUUACGGAAGGAGUCUAGAUGACAACACAAACGCCACAUACAUAACAGAAGAUGAAAUAUUGCUCUACUUGAGCUAUCUCGUUGGUCAACAGAGUCAAAACUACGGUUGUCUGUACCGUCUGUCGUGCCAGAGACCAGACCAAGCAUCUCUCUAUGCUUCUGGAGCUGAACUCAUGCUGCAAGGAACCAAGUUGAUAAGAGGGUACGAAAAAUGUGAAGCUAUGAAAAAUAUAGUAUGUAGGAACGAUGUAGACCUGGAGCCAUAUGAAGGCGUGUCGAAGGGGAUCAAGCAGGCCGCGACUCUUGGUCGACAGGGGAUGCCGUGUGACCGCUAUCAGUGCACUUAG